AUGCUGGACGCCGCCGGGCCUGGCCUGGGGCACUUCAUUCGCGAGGCCGGGCGCGGAGGCGCGCAGCCGGGCGGGUCGAUCGCCGAGGGCCAGUCUGAACCUCCAUCAGGUGGCGCAAUGAGAGGAAAGAACGUGUACGUUGAAACCUAUGGCUGUCAGAUGAAUGUGAAUGAUACAGAGGUUGUAUUGUCACUUCUGGGAGACAAGGGCUACAGUCCGAUACAGGACCCAACUAUUGCUGAUGUCAUACUGCUGAACACAUGCGCCAUCAGAGAAAAACCAGAAAACAAGAUCUGGAGUAGGCUUGGCGAAUUCAAGAAACUCAAGGCUGUUGCCAAGAAAAACAAGAGGCGUGGGCCCAUUGUGGGUGUGCUUGGCUGUAUGGCAGAGCGGCUGAAGCACAAACUCCUGGAUGCUGACCGACUUGCUGACAUUGUGGUUGGUCCAGACGCCUACAGAGACAUGCCAAGGCUGUUGAAGAUCGUUGAGGGGGAAGCAGAUGGUGGUGCAGUGGGAGCCCUCAACACGCAGCUGAGCCUUGAUGAGACGUACGCCGAUGUGGUGCCUCUGCGGCCAGCGGGUGCUGUCACUGCUUUCAUCAGCAUCAUGAGGGGCUGCAACAACAUGUGCAGCUUCUGCAUUGUGCCGUUUACCAGGGGGAGGGAGCGAAGCCGACCGACAACGUCAAUACUGGAUGAAAUUCGGCUCUUGAGCGACACUGGCGUCAAGGAGGUCACCUUGCUAGGGCAGAACGUGAACUCCUAUGCCGAUUUCGCAACUGAGUCGCAAAGAGGAGCCCCUGGCACCACGGUCGGCGAUCCGUUUAGCACCUAUGCAGCUGGCUUCCGCAGUGUCUACAAGCCUAAACGGGAGGGAGCGGUUCAGUUUGCAGAAUUGUUGCAGAGAGCGGCAGAGAUAGACCCUGAGAUGCGCAUUCGCUUCACAUCGCCGCAUCCAAAAGACUUUUCUGAUGAUGUUCUGCAGGUGGUUCAGCAGUACCCCAAUGUGUGCAAGCAGCUGCACCUCCCAGCGCAGAGCGGCAGCUCUGACGUGCUCGACCGCAUGAAGAGAGGCUACACCCGGGAGGCUUUCGAUGCACUUGUGGACAAGGCACGGAGGUUGAUUCCUGGGCUUGCCCUCUCCACGGAUAUCAUCACUGGCUUCUGCGGAGAAAGCGAGGACGAGCAUGCCGCCACCUUGGACCUGAUGUCCCGUGUGGGCUUCGAGCAGGCCUUUAUGUUCGCUUACUCGCAGAGGGACAAGACACAUGCUGCGCGGCACCUGGAGGACGACGUUCCUCAGCCAGUGAAGGCCCGGAGGCUGGCCGAGGUCAUCCAGGUUUUCAGGGAGACGAUGUUUGGGAAGAACGAGAAGGAGGUCGGCAGAACACAUCUGGUCCUGGUGGAGGGCGAGGCGAAGAAAUCGGAAGAGAUGCUGACGGGCCGCACGUGCACGAUGAAGCGUGUGAUAUUUCCGAAGAUAUCAGUGCCAGCGUCACAACAUGGUUGCGGAGGGGAGGCCGUGCCACAGCCUGGGGACUACGUCUCAGUCGACGUCGUUUCUGCCCAGUCGUCCACACUCACAGCAAGGCCGUUGGCCCGGACGACCCUGCGCGAAUUCCACAGUUUGCAUGGGUCUACUGUGCCGAGACGGUCUUAA